GUCACCGCCACACGUUACCACUCGGAGGACCUCCCUAUCGAGGAAGCAGAGAGUUGGCACGAACGGUCGGCGAAUGAACGGAACGGAAGGAGCAGAUCGUGGCACGCGUAUACGUCACCCCUGAGAGAUUAGGCGAGAAACCGCCGGCUUCGGUGGCGUUACCGAAAUCUGGGUCCCUUACCUGAUCCUAAGCAAACGGCUCACGGCCCGGCAUCCCAGGAGGGUUGGCAGGUAUAAAACCUUCUCCCGGGCCAUUUUGUGUUUGGUCCGUGCGUCUCUCUCCCACCACUAAUCGUCCGAUCGCACGCUCUCGAAGGGUGACACCCACCCUUCGAGAAGAGCCCUUCGGGGGGGUGAAUUUUCGUGGCCGGUUUACAUCACGUCGCAGUCACAGUUAGCAACAGGAUCCUUACGGAAGCGUUACGGUGUUUGCCGAAACUAACGGACGUUUUAAUAAGAAAUACUUCUCGUAAGAAACACUUGAUCUAACGUGAAACGAAACAACUGACAGAUCUCCAGAUCAUAGUGCGCGGAAGUGCUUGCGAAGAGAAAGAGAGAGAGAGAGAGAGAAGGAAAGAGAAAGAGACGAGUUACAUUUUUUCGCUGGAUAACGUUGAUCUGCUUCGAUACGGUUCGCCGAACGUCGAUUCCACGAGGGUGACGCGGUGAUCAGUGACCGUUAUCGAAACACCCCGGAAGGAGUCGCGCUUAAAUCCCAGGACGAUCUUAUCAAGCGAUUAGCGUCGGGGUCAUGCACACGACCUCGUGAGUGCGAUUCGAGAGGGAUCCGAGUUCGCGUCGACGAAGAAUCGGGAACGCGAGUAUCGUGCAAAGAUGUUCGUUCAGUGAUAGUUGGUGCUAGACCUCGAUCGGAGAUAAGGACGACGAGAGAGGAUUUGCGCGCGCGGGACAUUCCGGGAUCACGAGACACGCGAGACACACGCCGGAAGAUGAGGCUCUGGACGUUGCUGGCCGUACUCUCGGUGACGGUGCACGCGUCGCUGGAGGAGAUCACUAGGAACAAGAAUCGCGGCAGAGGAUCCAUGUGGUGGGGUAUCGCAAAAGCGGGCGAACCCAACAACUUUUUACCGAUGUCAGCAGCUUCCAUACAUAUGGAACCAAUUUACACAACUUUGAGAAGAAAGCAGAGGAGGCUCGCUAGGGAAAAUCCAGGAGUGCUGAUGGCAGUGGCAAGGGGUGCGAAUCAAGCUAUCGCCGAAUGCCAACAUCAGUUUCGCAACCGGCGAUGGAAUUGCUCGACGAAGAAUUUUCUUAGAGGAAAAAAUCUCUUCGGCAAAAUCGUCGACAAAGGAUGUCGAGAGACUGCUUUCAUCUACGCCAUCACGAGCGCGGCGGUGACUCACAGUAUCGCGAGGGCAUGUAGCGAGGGCAGUAUUCAGUCGUGUUCAUGCGACUAUACCCACCAAUCACGUGUAUCAUCCGCCGUUCGAGACUGGGAAUGGGGUGGUUGCUCGGAUAACAUCGGAUACGGCUUCAAGUUCUCUCGCGAAUUCGUCGAUACUGGUGAACGUGGGCGAAAUCUCCGCGAGAAGAUGAAUCUGCAUAACAAUGAAGCUGGCAGAGCACACGUGACUUCGGAAAUGCGUCAGGAAUGCAAGUGUCACGGCAUGUCUGGCUCCUGCACGGUGAAAACCUGCUGGAUGCGGUUGCCGAAUUUCCGCGUGGUCGGCGACAAUCUGAAGGACCGUUUCGACGGGGCCUCCCGAGUGAUGGUCAGCAAUUCGGAUCGCGCGCGCAUCAACACCAACGCUAUCACCAGCAACUCGGCGAGCAAUUCCGUGCAUCAGCACCGCGACGGUCUCGGACGCCGGCACCGCUACAACUUCCAACUGAAGCCGUAUGAUCCGGACCACAAGCAGCCUGGGCAGAAGGACCUCGUCUACUUGGAACCGUCGCCGGCGUUCUGCGAGAAGAAUCCCAAACUCGGUAUCCUGGGCACCCACGGGCGACAGUGCAACGAAACGAGCAUCGGCGUCGACGGCUGCGACCUAAUGUGCUGCGGCAGGGGCCACAAGACUCAGGAGGUGACGGUAAUCGAGAGGUGCUCUUGCACCUUCCACUGGUGCUGCGAGGUUAAAUGCCAGCUGUGCAGAACGAAAAAGACGGUACACACGUGUCUAUAAAGAGGGAAUUCGAUCGUGAGAUUCGGUCUUGGAAUCUUGAUGAUUUUCGAGGCGAUCUUCAUACGGGGUUAAAUCAAAGAUUCGAACUCUCUCCGUUUUCCCUCGGUAACCCCGGGUAUAACGGUGUGACGUUGAGAAAUUGGAAGGACGAGACUACGCUCUUCUCUCUAGCUCAAAAAAUUCUACUAAUCUCUUUCGUGAACGACCGACGGUCUGUUUUUACGAGAGAUCCUGCCGCGGGACUUGCCGGACGGGGUCGAAGUCGUCGUGGAGUCCCGCGUGAAACUUCCACGGGACUCCCUCGUCUCCAGUAUUACGCGAAACGAACGAAACUACAUAUAUUUAUUACGUCGCGUCGCGCGCGUACUAAAGACUGAGAUGGUGAGAAGCGUUCGUGCGAUCGUAGAUUUUUAAGGCUUUAAGAUAAGGAUAAUUGGCGAAAUGCGGUGUAAAUACCGGUGUAAAUGCCAGCGUGACACCGGCUCGCUAUUCACCGACGAGAAUCAAGCUUCCUUAAUGAAAGCUCUGACAUGUUAGCUGUGACAGUGUCAUAUGGUAGAGGAAAAUAAUUUAAGGCUACUGGUAUCCGCAUUUCUCGUCUCAGGUUGUUAUCCACUGGAGACAUUUAUCUCAAAUUAUUUAUAUAUUUCGCGCUUGCAAUAUUCAAAUUUAAUUUGUGACCGUUUUUCUUGCCGUAAAUUGAAUUAGUGCUUACUUCUCUCGGCUGUAGAGAACAUUUAAUUAUGAUAAAUGAAUUAAUAAACAAAGAAGCCUUUAAUUAUUUUAUCUUGUUGCAUAUGAGGUCUUCGUUUUAAGCAAUGUUUAUUGACUACGACACGAGCAUUCGUAAUCUCGUGAAAGCAUUAUUUAUUCUUAGAAAGGUGUCUUUUUUGCGCUUUAGACACUCGCUCCCUCGGGGAAACGGGCAAUCUCGUACAGAUCGCAUACUUGUAUAUACAUAAAUAAAUUAUAGCGAUAUAUUUUACAGCAAUGUGAGUCGAUCGGUGGUCAAUAUAUUUCUCCGUAAGAAACUAUUGUAAAUAAAAACAAACACACGCGACAAAGAUGAAGCCCCACAUUGGGAGUGGUAAAUUAUUUUUAUAUCUUUUUCAUAUUUCUCUCUUUCUCUCUUUCCCCUUUUUUCUUUACUGAGUACUGGGGUAUUAAGAAUUCCGCAGGUUUAAAAAUAUCUUCUACCAAUACUGGGUAGAGAAACUAUUUUUUGAAUAAAAAAAUUCCAACGAAUGAUAAUUCCAAUGUUGUGCAUAAUAAAUGUAUUAAUUAUUGCUCGUAAUUUAUAUAAAUAAAUAUAU